CUCUAAAUUUUGAAUAUCUUUAUUAACACCAGUACUAAUUUUAUACGUUUUGUUUUUUAAUCCUAAUAAAAUAUUGAAGUUUCUUGGUUUAGGACGGUAUAUGCAAAAAGUAAUAUAAUAGUUAUAAUAACUGAUAUUAUCAUCAUUAUUAUUACUAUUAUUAUAAUAUUUAAUGAUAAUAAUUUUGGCUUAGUUUGAUUCUUACAAAAACAUAUGAACAAGCUGAAACACUUGGGCAAAUCAAGCACAUCUCCAAAUUCACAUCUCUAUAUAUACUCACACUCACUUUCUCAUAUGUAUACAUAUAAUCAUACUCACCCCCUCUCUCUCAUAGUAUCUUUAUAUACGGCUUAUAUUUUCUACAUACACACAUAUUAAGACAUAUACACACAUACCUAUAUACUGUACUGUCUACCUUCCCAUUCCAAACCAUCUCCUACAAUUGCUAUAAUUACAGGUACCAGCUAUCACCAUAUUUUCCCAACUGUCCAUCCAUAUAAUUAAAAUCAUUAAUUAUACGAUCUCACCCGCACCCACGCCCUGUGUGUAUGUGUGCGUAAUUACACACAUACACACGCAUACAUAUAUAUAUAAUUACAUGCACACCUGAUCUCAUUAUCAAAUGAAGUUGAUGAUUUCAUUAUUUAAAAACAAAACACGACAGACAAGGAGGACAAACUAUGACAAACAGACAAUUAAUUGAAAGUUGGUGUUAAGGAGGGAAAACGUGAAGUUAGAUUCAUUUUCAACCUAAAGACUUACUCUAACUCAUCUCGUCUGGCCUAGGAAAAAAAACCUUAUAAUUAAUCUUACAUAAUUCCUUUUGUUAAGAUCGUGUAUGUUUGCAGGGCAAAGUUCGUCUUAAUCCUUCUUUUUGAAUAAGAUUAAGUCAGUGUGUGUGUUUACUGAUUAAGAUAUCUUGGUUUUUAUCAACACAACGAGAGGAAAGGGGGGAAAAUAAGGGAUAAAAUAUAUAAAAAACUGUAAAAAGAAAAACCAUACAAACAUAUAUACACCCACCCAAAGACAACGAUUUAUCGCUGUGUUGAGUGAAACUGAAAAAGUUGGUACAUGAAAACAUCCAGACCUUCAGGGAACAGUCAAAGCUAACGCAACAGGUGUGUUGUUUAUUUGCUCGGCGUUUUUUGUGGUCGGACAGAGAGGCCUUCUUUAAUCUUCAUAUACAAACAUUGUUCUUUACUUGAAGGUCGGUGUUAGAACUAAUUUGUUGCUCAAUUUUAAAGCUAACAUUGCCAGCCUACAUGUAUGGUAUAUAUAUAUAUACAUACACAAAUAUAUAUACACAUAAAUUUAUACAUACAGUUAUUGCUAUAUCCAUGGAUGUGCUCUUUUUGAAACAAGAUAAAACUUUUAUAUCAAGGCGGUCACAUUAAUCACGAUCUAAUAUUAACAAAUACUCAGAAAAAAGAAAUUCUUUUUCGUUUCAUUUUUCGUUUCUUAAAAAAAAAGAAAAAAGAAAUUAAAAGAUAAAACAAAAAAAAAACAACUUCAAAGAAAGAAACCUUUUCGAGGACCACUUUUAAAAGAAAGUUUUAACGAAAUAACAGGAUAUCCUUUGCGGUUUGCUUGUUCUUGUCUACCCCUAAGGAUUUGAUUCCGUUCUGUUGUUUCUGCAAUUACCAGACUAUUUUUAUUACCUGGUCACUCAGGUGGACCUGUAUUUCAAACUAUAAAAAAAAUCACUUCUUCCGUUGCCAUGGAUGGUGGGAAAAAAGUAUGGGUCCCACACCAUAUGGAUGGCUUCAAGUUGGGUCGCAUUGUGGACAUUGGGUCCGACUCUAUCACGGUCGAACCAUUUGAUGCUAUGGGCACAACUAUCAAUGCUUUCUAUGAUAAGACUUACCCAGCUGAAGAAGAUGACAAAAAAAAUGUUGAUGAUAAUUGUGCUCUUAUGUACCUUAAUGAGGCAACAUUACUGCACAAUUGUAAAGUUCGUUAUUACAAGAACCAGAUUUAUACGUAUACAGCCAAUAUAUUGAUUGCAAUUAAUCCUUAUUAUGUGAUCAAGGAUUUGUACUCUUCAAAGACAAUACAAGACUAUUGUGGAAAAUCUUUAGGAACCAUGCCUCCCCAUGUAUUUGCUAUUGGUGACAAAGCAUACCGAGAUAUGAAAGUGUUGAAACAAAGUCAGUCAAUUAUUGUCAGUGGUGAAUCUGGAGCUGGUAAAACUGAAUCCACAAAAUACAUCUUAAAAUACUUGACAGAGAGUUGGGGUACUCAUGCUGGAGCCAUUGAACAAAGGAUUGUGGAAUCAAAUCCUUUGUUGGAAGCAUUCGGCAAUGCAAAGACUGUGAGAAAUAACAACAGCAGUCGAUUUGGGAAAUUUGUUGAAAUACAUUUUGACAAGAAGGCCUCUGUCGCCGGGGGCUUCAUAUCCCAUUAUCUUUUGGAAAAAUCUCGGAUUUGUGUCCAAGGAAAAGAUGAACGGAAUUACCAUAUUUUUUACCGUUUGUGUGCUGGUGCCCCAGAUGAUUUGAGACAGAAGCUAAAACUCAGCAACCCACAAAGUUUUCGUUAUUUGAAUGGUGGAUGUAUGCAAUUUUUUGCCUCUGGAGAUGCCAAAGAGAAAAAUCGGAAACCAGACAGGGGCUGUGUUUAUGAUCCACUUCUUGACGACGUCAAGGACUUCAAACUUACUGCAGAUGCCAUGGCCAAAAUGGGAAUCGGAGAUGGUGAAAAGAUGUCUAUUUUUGGUUUGAUAGCAGCAGUUUUACAUCUUGGCAACAUAGAUUUUGAAGAGAAUCACGACGACAGCAAAGGUGGAUGUAAGCUCUCUGCUUCUUCAGAAGGCCCUGUAAACAUGUCAGCUGCCCUUCUUUCUUUGGACAAAGGAGAGUUGAGAGAAGCGUUGGUCAGUCGAGUAAUGGUCCCAACUAAAGGAGGAAUGAAAGGAACUGCUAUCAAAGUUCCUCUAAAGGUAAAUGAAGCCAGCAAUGCUCGUGAUGCUCUUGCUAAAGCUGUCUAUUCACGGCUUUUUGAUUACAUUGUCAACAGAGUAAACCAGGCAAUCCCAUUUAGUUCUUCAUGCAAUUACAUUGGUGUCCUCGAUAUUGCUGGAUUUGAAUAUUUCCAAGUGAACAGUUUUGAACAAUUCUGUAUCAAUUACUGUAAUGAGAAGCUCCAACAGUUCUUUAAUGAACGCAUCCUAAAGGAGGAACAAGCCUUAUAUGAGAAGGAAGGUCUGAAUGUCAAGAAGAUUGAUUACACAGACAACCAAGACUGUAUUGAAUUAAUUGAAGGUAAAAGCCAUGGUAUAUUUGACUUACUUGAUGAAGAAAGUAAACUGCCAAUCCCUAAAUACACUCAUUUCACAACUGAAGUCCACUCUCGUAACAAAACCCAUUUCAGACUCAGUAUACCUCGUAAAUCCAAACUGAAAAUUCACCGAGAUGUCAGAGAUGAUGAAGGUUUCUUGAUCAGACAUUUUGCUGGUGCUGUCUGUUAUAACACUAACCUGUUCAUUGCCAAAAAUAAUGAUGCCUUACACACAUCCCUUGCUUUCCUUAUUCAAGAAAGUACGGAUCCAUUGUUGAAAUCUAUUUUUGCUGAAAGUACCCCAGUCUCUGGUGGAAAACUAAACUUCAUCAGCAUUGGCAGCAAAUUUCGGUCUCAACUACAGGUCCUUAUGGACAAAUUAAGGAGCACAGGGACCAACUUUAUCCGGUGCAUCAAACCUAAUCUGAAAAUGGUUGAUCAUCUCUUUGAAGGUGCCCAAAUUCUUAGCCAAUUGCAAUGUUCAGGGAUGACUUCAGUUCUAGAACUCAUGCAACAAGGUUAUCCUUCCAGAACCCCGUUUUCUGAACUUUAUACUAUGUACAAGAAUUACUUACCACCAGAACUCUCACAACUUGAUCCUCGACUCUUCUGCAAGUCACUCUUUAAAGCUCUUGGACUUAAUGAUAAAGACUUCAAGUUUGGCAUGACAAAAGUAUUCUUCCGGCCAGGAAAAUUUGCUGAGUUUGAUGAAAUUCUUAAAAGUGAUCCUGAAAACUUGGCCAUGUUGGUGAAGAAGGUCAUGAAAUGGCUCAUUACAUCACGCUGGAAGAAGGUGCAAUGGUGUGCACUCUCUGUUAUUAAAUUAAAAUAUAAAAUACUGUAUCGCCAAGGUAAUCUGAUUACAAUUCAAAAGAAUGUACGUAUGUACUUGUCCAAGAAGAAAUACAGGCCCAGGUAUUUGACAAUUACAAAGAUCAAAUCGUUACAAGGUCAAAUAACAAGUAUGCGCAAAUCUAUCUCCCAGCUGAAAUGCAACAAAGACACUGAAAUAAAACAAAUUGAACAACUUGAGACCAGCAUGAAACAGGCCAUUCAUAAAAUCAAGACAACUGACGUCACUAAAGAGCAGUGUAAACAAAUUUAUGAACAAUUCAUGUCCAGCAUGGACAAACAGAUGAAGGUACUUCAGAAAAAGAUGGAAGAACAGAAGAUCAAGGAAGAACAAGAGAGACUUCGGAAAAUGCAGGAAGAAUUGGAACGGGAGAAGAAGAGAAGGAUGGAAGAGGAAAGAAAACGAAAAGAAGAAGAGGAACAAAAACGCCUGAAAAUGGAAAUGGAAGCCAAAAGGAAAAAAGAAGAAGAGGAACGCAAAGCGCAAGAGGAAGCUAACAAAGCUGCUGCAGUAGCUUUGGAAGCUGAUCGCCAGAAGGACUCUGAGGAGAUUACCAAAAGGCAGCAUAUCUUGCAACAAGAGCACCGUGAUCGAGAGCUUGCACUACGUCUUGCUAUGGAAGACCAAAACCAGGUCGAUGAUGUGGUCAUACCUCCACUUGCUCGGUCAGCGGCUGUAUUAGCACAACGGCAGGCUGCCGCGCAAAAGAAGUAUGAUUUAUCUAAAUGGAAGUAUGCGGAACUCCGAGACGCCAUCAACACAUCAUGUGAUCUGGAAUUGUUGGAGGCUUGUCGUGAGGAAUUUCACAGACGACUUAAGGUUUAUCAUUCCUGGAAAUCAAAGAACAAGAAGCGUGAUGGGAAUACCCAGAGAACUCCGGAUUCAAUACUGGAGGCUGAAAAAUAUUCUUCACAUAUUCCUGGUGAGAUGGAUAUAGAGAAAAGUGAAACUUCGCCUCAGCGCUAUUUUAGGAUUCCUUUCACUCGGCCAUCUGGAGAAUUCAAGACAGAAAAGAAACAAGGCUGGUGGUAUGCCCACUUUGAUGGUCGGUGGAUUGCCCGGCAGAUGGAAAUCUGUAUGGAAGUCUCCCCCAUUAUACUGUUGGCAGGUGAGUACAAUUUCUUAAGGUGACUACAGUGAUGGUGU